AUGGCGUUUUACCUAGGCGAGCUUCGCGAUGUCCUGUCCCAGCUCAACACGAAACGCGACCUGACCAAGUCGUCAGCGGAAGCCCUAAACGGCAUGAAGCGGCUGAAAACGGCUCUGGACGAUCUUAAGAAGCUGACUAAGGACCACACGGAGUGCAGCCGGCUGUUCUUAAUCUUCGACACGGACAAAUUAGUCGGCGACUUGCAGCGGAUGGUUCAGGAGGUGGGUCACGAUCUGAACCUCAUGCCGGUCCUGAGUAUCAUGUCGUCGCUACCGACGGACGUCGCGAAUCGGCUGACCGACCUCCGCGGCCGAAUGCGGGUCGCGACGUUCGAUUCGGAACCGGAAGUUGCGGAGCUGUCGCUGGCGUUGGAGGAUGGAGUUACGAGGAACAGCAAGAAGGUCGCGACGGCGCUGGUGGAGCGCGUGUUGAAAUUCCUAGGGAUGCCGUCGUCGCAAUCGGAUGUGCUUAAGGAGGAAGUGCAACGGGAUCUGCUCGUAGCGGAGAAGGAAGAGCGGUGGAUGGACGUGGAUAAGCUAACAGAGUUAAAAACCCUCGUUAGCCUCGCGAGUAUUUCCAGUGAAGCGCCGAUCACGCAGACGUUUUCGCGGCUCGCGCUGCGGCUCCGGGAGGAGCUCGGGAUGGCGGUUCCGGAUAAUUUCAAGUGCGCGAUGACGGGCGAGGUGAUGCGAGAUCCGGUUACCCUGGUCGAAACCGGCGACACGUACAAUCGCAACGCAAUCGAAAACUUCUUCGCGAAGGGGAAGCGCGUGUGUCCCAAGUCCGGGAAGCACCUUAAAAGCGUGGAGCUGGUCUGUAACGUGGAAAUCCGAAAGGGCAUCGAGGAGAGUUACGACUCGCUGAACCGAAAGACGCUGGACGAGGCGGCGCGCACAUUAAGAGACGGCAUGGAGCAACGAGCGGCGGAGGCCGCGGCGGCGGCGGAAGCGAGAGCAGCCGCGCUAGCCGCGGGGGGGGAAGCGGCGGAGGCGAUUUUGGCGGAGGAAGCGGCGAAGGCGGAAGAGGAGCGGAAGAAAGAGGAGGAGAAAAAAGCCGCCGCGAAGAAGAAAAAGAAAGGCCCGGAGCCGCCGCCAAAGGAGGAGCCGAAGGAGGCGAGCGGAGGGGAGAGGGAGGAGGAGGCGGUGGAGGCGAUGGCGCAGCUAUCGUCGCAGGAUAAGAAGUACGCCGCGGAGCUCGCGGAGAUUGGCGCCGUGGUGCCGCUGGUGCGGCUGGUGACGGAGAGAGGCGCGGGGCCGGUCCGGGAGGGCACGGUGACGGUAUUGAGGAACAUCGCGAGCCUGGGAGAGGCAGAAGCUACGUCCAUAUCAGACGCGGGGGGCAUUCCCCCGAUGAUCCACCUCAUCACGCACGAUACUCCAGACGUGACGCCAGCCAUCCAGGUGAUCCUAGAGCUCUCGCGCUUCCCGGCGCUGCGGCAGGCGGUGACGGACGCGAUGGGGGUGGUGGAGAUGAUAAAGCUGCUCAACUGGCACCAGGAGGACGACAAGGGCGCGCUGCUGGAGGCCGUGCUGGAGACGUACUGGCGCGACGAACCCUACGUCGCCAUUCAGAUGGCUUCUGUGGGCAUGUUCAAGCCGCUCGUCGUGCUGCUCGAACCAGAGAGCGACAUGGAGACGAGGAUGACGAUGGCGGACGGGGUCAUGACGUGGGGAGUGAACAAGGCCCACCGCGUCUCCCUCGUGCAGUGCGGGGUGCUGCCCCCUCUCGUCGCCCUGCUCAACGACGGGCCCCCAGAGGGCAAGGCGGCCGCUGCUCGAGCCAUAGAGCACCUCUCCCACACCGAUCUCAACCGCAUGGCUCUGGCCAAGGCGGGCGUGAUCCCCGCGCUCGUUAAAGCCCUCGCUCGCGGGUCCGCUGAGGUGAAGAACGCCGCGCAGGCCACCCUGGCGAAUCUGGCAAUGGACGACCAGGAUUUGGACGCGCUGGACGAGGACGGGACGGCCGUUAGAUUGAUCACGAUGCUGCGGGCGGGCCCGCAGACGAACCGGGACUACGCGGUGAGAACGCUGGAGUGUAUGGCGAAGGAGAGUAAGUCCAUGCGGGCCGCGGUGAUGGAGGAUGACGGUGCGGUUACUGCUAUUUUCGAGGUGUUACAGGAGAGCGCGUCGCACUUUGCGGCGGGCAGCUUGCGGUCGUCGGCGCUGCUGCUGCUGGGCCACCUGUGCCAGGAGCACAACGCAGCAGAGAUGAUGUGCGCUCCCCCAGAAGUAGUCAAGACUCUCGCCACGCUCCUCGCACGGCCGCUCCCUGGGGAGGAGCGGGAGGCGAUAGUGAUUGUGCUUGGGACAAUGGCGGGGAACAAGCAGAUGCGGCCGCUGGUGCGGGUAGAGGAGCAGGUGUUCACUCUCAUGCAGAAGUUUCUGAAUUUGAACCCAGGGGCGGGUCCUGCCUCGUCGUCAGGCCCGGGGAGCUCCAAUGCUGCGAGCUCGGCUCGGUUGCAGGAGGCGAUCCUGUCCGGCUUGUCGAAGCUCGCCGAUCCGGAUGAUAUAGAGGCGCAGCAGAUAGUGGCUCGGCUGGGGGUGAUUCAUCUUGCCGUGCAUUAUCUCAAGAUGGGGCCUGAUGUCAUGCGAAUCCCCUCUGCUGUGCUGCUAGGGAACCUCUCGCAUUCCACGCCGAAGCUCGUCGACCAAACCUCGCUCGACCGCAGGCUCGGCAAGGCCAUGACCUGGAAGCUCAACUUCUCCCGGUCCAACUCGCGAGCCUCGGCGAGCACCGGCGGGACAGGCUCGGGAGCCAGCCCUGUGAUGACGGGAACAGACAAACUCCGAUCCUGCAAGGUGCACGGCGGGAAAUGCAGCCUGGAAUCCACCUUCUGCCUGGUCGAAGGCGACAUCGUCCCGAUCCUACUAGAGCUGGUUCGGCGGAGCGAGAAUCGGGUAGCCGAGGUCUGCCUAGCCUCGGUGGCGACCCUGUUAGCAGACGAAGGGGACCACGAGCGAGCAGCGGACCUCCUAGUCAAGCUAGACGUGAUUGAAGCGGCAGCGGGGGUGGUGGGGCGGACCAAGGAGCUGACCAAGUGGGCGGUGUAUAUCCUGGAGAAGGUGUUUGCAAUUAAGAAGUACCGCGCGCCCAAGUACUCCCAGCCUGCAGUGACGGCGCUGGGGCGGUUCAUGACGACGGCCACAGGGCAGGGCAGGAAGACGGCCGCUGAGACGCUCAUGCGGUUGAAUAUUCUCCCCAAGGGGUCGUUUGACCUGUGA